UGAAGGAGGGAGCGGCUCGUGGUCGAGCGACGUUCACAGAGCACAGGGGAGAGAGAGCGAAAGAGAGCCAGGAGCUGCCGACGGCUGGAUGACGCACUACACAUCAUCGUCAUCCACGCAAGUCUCGUCAUCACGUAGACACUCACGCAUCACCGUGGCAACCCCCAUUUAAGUGUGCGUGUUUUGUGUUUGUAUCGUCAUGUUGCGUCUUGUUACAGCAAACGCAACACUGGGCAUGAUUGAGAUUAGCUCAAGAUGCGUGAAUACAAGUUGGUGGUCUUAGGAUCUGGUGGCGUUGGCAAGUCUGCUCUGACAGUCCAGUUUGUUCAGGGGAUCUUUGUGGAGAAGUAUGACCCCACGAUAGAGGAUUCCUACAGGAAGCAAGUGGAGGUGGAUUGCCAGCAGUGUAUGUUGGAGAUCUUGGACACGGCAGGCACAGAGCAGUUCACGGCCAUGCGUGACCUCUACAUGAAGAACGGUCAAGGCUUCGCUCUGGUUUACUCCAUCACGGCCCAGUCCACCUUCAAUGACCUUCAGGACCUCCGAGAGCAAAUCCUGCGCGUCAAGGACACGGACGACGUUCCCAUGAUCCUGGUGGGCAACAAGUGCGACCUGGAGGUGGAGCGCGUGGUGGCCAAAGAGUCGGGCGUGGGCCUCGCUCGCCAGUGGAAUUCCUGCGCCUUCCUCGAAACGUCCGCCAAAAGCAAGAUCAACGUCAACGAGAUUUUCUAUGAUCUGGUGAGACAGAUCAACAGGAAGAGUCCAGUUCCCGGCAGAACUCGCAAAAAGUCCACUUGUCAGCUCCUCUAAUGACUGCAGUUGCGCUCGUCCGGCCAACAUCAAGUGAGCAACCAAUGGGAGGACAUCUUCCCUCUGUCCCCAUCUACAUCAUCAUCAUCAAGUUGGAAGUGUGUCGCCGCGCCAAGCACACGUGCCACGCUUCCUUGUCCCCCUUCUCUGUUGCCUCGGAAACCAAACAUCAAAAGACUGCCAUGAUGAUGACGCCGAUGAUGGGCCGCCAGGAUGUUUUCCCAUCGUGCGCUCUGCCUCUCGAUUUUCUUUCAGACCAGAGGCGCAACGUGAUGAUGUCACUGGCGACAUGGCCGACCGUGUGUGUGUGUGUGUGUGUGUGCGUGCGUGUGUGUGGCUCCGGACAUUUGAGAAACUUUGAUUGUUUUUCUCAUUGUGUGAUUCUUUUUUUCUGUCUCUCUUUGGGGGAGGGGUGUGGCGAUGCAGCAGCAGUUCUUGGGAUUGGCUCAAACAUCCACCUCAGCGGCUCGGUUUGCGACAUGUUUUAAGCUCCGCCUUUUAAUUCACAACUAAUAAUGCCAGCAAUGUUAGUGACACGGAUGUGGCCGUUAGUGGCGUUACAGUUGUUUUUCUACUUUUAGCGCUCAGCUUUGCUGCCUGGGGUUCUGUUAGCCAUUAGCGCCCCCCCCUGCUUAUCAACGACCAGGAGUGCCACACUUGACGAUGUUACCAAACUGUUACUUUUGCCAUAUUUGGAUUAUUUUGGCCAUUAGUGGUUUAGCUCAUGUGUGGCAUUGUGCCAUUAGCCCUUAGCGGUGAGUCGGGGCCCAGAUCUGCUGCCGCCGCCGCCGCUGCUGCCUGUGGCGGCCAAGUUGCCUUUGGACGGCACACUCACACUGGUCCACUACUCUCCGUGUAGUCCAGAUUGUAUUAUGUACAUGUCAUGACAUGUUUAUGGACAUUAGGUAUGCACACACAAGAGAGAGAGAAAGAGAGGAACACUUUGUGUUGAUGAGGAUGUGCUAUUGUUGCGCUGCUUUUACGCUCGGCCUUUUGUGUCUUUCAUGUUGGCCGCUUAACCUCGGUGGAGAUUGUCCAAGCCACUAAAAGCCUUUCAAGUCUUCAA